CACUUUCUGGAGAAUUUCAGAAAGCUGCAGCCAAGAUGGCGCAUGCGUCCGGGGCGUGUUGUGGGACGAAGGGGGUGCGGGACCAUCUUUCUGGGAGUGUUGAAGGGAAAUUGCACGUCACAGUGCGCAGGCGAUCAGAUGGCCGCAUGCCGGUGGAGUUGUGCAAAGAGUGCACGCUUUACCACUGUCCCUUCUGCCAGCCUUCCGUCUACAAGCCAAAAGGAGACUAUGCCAGUGUUUGGACACAUGUAGAAAUCCACAGAAUGAGGGCCCUGCAACAUGGAGAGUUCAAUAUUCACGUGUGCCAACUGCAGUGCAGAGGAGAAAGGCAUUUUCACUGUCCAUACUGCCCAAGGACAAUUAUAACCCGGAAACAGUUUGAAAGUCAUAUGGACAAAUGUGUGGGGACACAAAGUUCAACAGCGGCAGCCAGAGGCGUCCAGUCUGCUCCACCUGGCAUUCCAUCUCAGCCAGCUACCACAGCCAUCCUCCUGUUCAACAUCACCCCCCCUCUCCCGCAAACGAUCAGGAUGGGCCAGUGUCCCACUCCACCCGAUCCCUCUGCUCAGCCUCAACCCACAGCAGACCCCCCUGUUAAAUCCGGCCGGUGUCCUGCUCCACCCGAGCCCUCUGCUCAGCCUCAACCCACAGCAGACCCCCCUGUUAAAUCCGGCCAGUGUCCUGCUCCACUUGACCGUCUUGUUGAGCCCACACCUACAGCUUCCCAGCCUGCAGCUCCACUUGACCGGCCUGUCCCAAUGGACCACCCCUCUACUUUAACUGACCAACAUGUUAAGCAAACAGGUCAAAUAUUCCGAACAGCAGGGAGAAAAAUAAAAUGUCCAAUGUGCAACCUGUACUUGAAUAAAAAAAAUCUAAGGAAACAUAAACUCAGGAGACACUUCUGUCAGUCCAUUUCUGAGAAGGACAUAACAGCCAAGGACCAUCUUAGAAGUCAGUGUAUUGACCCUUAUAAUGGGCUGUACGCUGUAGCAAAGUCUUACAAGGCCACUGCCGUACCAGUCCAUGUCAUGAAAAAGAGAUCAGGCAGCACACACGAAAUGGCGUGUGACGAAGAUCGCUGCGAGGCUAUUGCAGAUUUUGGAAGGCGGAGCGGCUUGCCUCAAAACCAGUGCCCUCAUCUACAGUCUGUUGAUUUUUGUUUUACCCGUGCAAAAAGAGUGGACUUGAAGCCUAGCGUGUUGGAAGAACUGGUUUCCAGUAAAUUGAUUGGAAAGGACAUGGGGGCCAAGUGCCUUAGCCAUCAUGAGCAAGCGACUCAGAACAGAGCCCCGCUUGUUACUCUAAUGGAUCUCGGUGGAAGUCAUUGCCUAUAUUUGUCAGUGUUUGAGCCCAAAGUCUCACAGUACAGCAAGUUAGGAAGACUAUUCGUGACAUAUACUAUAAAGAGAGGGUUGUGGCAUUGCAGUUGUUCGCAAGGGAGAAUUCCCUGCUUGCACAGAUGCAUAGCCAAAUGGUAUCUCUUCCAAACCAACAAAGAGUUAUUCACCUCCGACGCCAAACGAAAUACACCUUUAAGCAUUUCUGAAAUAAUGGAAGACUCUGCAGAGAAUCCAACUGGAACUGUGUAUCCAGUAGGAGAAGAAGGACGAAAACAAAUGACAAAGUACAUUUACAACCGACAGAAAUUGCCCUCCACGUUGCCUGAAAACAUCACCCAGUGUGAGUCUGAAAUACAGUUUCCGAAGCAUUUGGUUCCAGCUCAGACUGUCUGCCAAGAGUGCCCAGGUCGUGUUUCCUUAACAGAGCCAGUGCUGAUCACCAACAAAGCUCGAGUCAUUGCCUUCACCGGACUGAUGGAAGAUAAUUGCACAUUUUUCAAAAAGUGUCCAGCGUGUGAAAUGGUCUACCGUUACCAGGAGUGGAGUGAGGGUCUUCACAAUUACAAUGACCAUAUCAUCCUGAGUCUGCAGCUGUGCAUGCUUCUGCAAAACGCAAUCAAGAAUCACACUGAUGUCUAUGGAGUGGUGGAUGUGCUGGAGCGGACAGUAGGAGUCAAGUCUCCGUGUGGUGUAGAAGUGCUUCAGGCAUACCUCCACUUUGAAGCUCUUACAAGUCACGACUGUCAGUCUGGAGUCAUGAUGGAUCUUUAUCGAAAGGGGGUUUUCAACAUGGCAGGGAUUGAGAUUCAGGGCCUGCCUGAAUCCUUAACUGGAGAAGUAAAUGCAGAGGAAUUCUGGGAUUCAGCGUGCAUGGAGAUCAUAGCAAGCAGCCUGCUGGCUCCAAGUUCUGCCUAUGUAGCCACCUUAGACGGUAACCUUAAAGACGCUGCAGUGUCUGCAGGCGCAGCCUCCUCCUCCCUGGCUGAGAGAAAGAGGCUGAGCAAACAAAGAACAGAGGAGUGUCACAGGUCCGUGACCAGGUAUCUUGUGAAAGAACUACUUCCGUUGUCCACGGUGGAGUCGCCAUGGUUUAGAGAGAUGACUAAGAUGCUUAACCCAAAGUACCGCCUGCCUUCCAGAGAGCAGCUCAUAAACACCCUGAUGCCUUCCUGGUUCUCUGUGGAGAAGAAACGUGUCAUCAGAGAGCUGCGACAAGUGUCCGAGGCGGCAGUGACGUGCGACUGGUGGACCAGUUCUUCCCACGACCGCUACCUGACAGUCACUCUACACUUCAUAACCAAAGGCCAGAUGAAGCAGAAAGUGCUCCAUACGAAGCCCGUGUACGAUGCUCAGACAGACACGGUAGUGUCAGAGCAGAUCGGAGGCGUGCUGGAGGAGUUCGGGGUCCGGGACAAAGUGGUCGCCGUGACGGUGGAUAAUGCCUUCGGCAUGGACAUUGCCAUCACUAAAAGGCAGUUUAGGAAGCUGAGGUGUUUUGCCCGUAUACUCAGUCGUGCUGCACAGAAGGUGUACACCAGCGACACUGUGACCAGAUGGGUGUCAAAGAUAAGAGCUGUUGUCGUGUGGAUCAAAAGGUCUUCCACAGCUCAAACAGUUCUUCAGGAGAAACAGCAGCUUUUGGAUCUACCACAGCACUCUUUGGUGCUCGAUGUCCGAACACGGUGGGACUCGCUGUACCUCAUGAUGGAGCGGUUUGCCGAGCAGUAUGCUGCCGUACAGGCCACCACCACAGAUCCACGUAUCAGACAGUCUGCGGAGAGGAAAAGGCUGGAAAUGCUCUCAAAUGAUGAUCACCGAAAAGCAGAGGAGUUCGUCAGGAUCAUGAAGCCUCUGUACGCGUCCUCGCUCUGCGUCUCCGCUGACGAGAGUCCAACCUGUAGUCAGAUAUUUCCCAUCCUGAAAAAGCUGGAGGCCCACUUUGAAACCCAGGAUGAGGACUCUCUGUUCACAGCCACGCUCAAGGAAAAAGUCUGGCGUGAGCUGUCUACGUGUUACAAGGAUGGUGAUACCUGGAAGUUCCUACAGGAGUCGAGCGCUAUGGAUCCAAGGUUCAAGAACAGAGUCGACUCAGAUGAGAUUUGGUACAGAGUGAGAAACGCUGCGGUUAGGGUUACGACCGCAACAGAGAUGUCAAAUCAGGAGGGACUUGGACUUUUGCUGGACAGUGAUGCUGAUGAUGAAUUUGAGCCAAAUUUGUCUUCAGAUGAGACUCUGUGUCCCAAAAGGCCGAGGCUAACGGGCCUGGAGGAGCUUUUUGAAGAGGAGGACAGGGCUCUGAAGAGCGUUACAGCAGCAGAAAAGACCCCAAUGCCUGAACGAGUCCAGAGAGAAAUCCAGCUGUACAGAAACCUGCCGGCCGUGCCCACAUCAGAGGACGCUCUGGCCUGGUGGUGGAAGAGACGGGACUCGCUACCUCUCCUGUCUCAGCUCUCCAACUCAUACCUGUGUAUCCAAGCAUCGUCUGCUUCUCGUGAGAGAGUGUGUUCCACAGCAGGGGACACAAUCAGCCCAGACGGGUCACACAUUCUACCAGAACAGGCGGAUAUGCAGAUAUUUCUACAGAAAAAUUGAUUAAAACCAAUGCGAUUUAGCAAUACUAAAAUCCUGUUAUUCAUGACCUGUGUGUUCAAGUACAUCAUUCACUGUGCUGCUAGCUUAAUGUUAUGUCUAAUUUACCUCAUAUCAACAGGAGUAUAAUGUAAAUGUGUAUAAAUAUGUUUUAGAUUUGGUGAUGCAAGCAAAAAUAAAUAUUUUUUACAAUGAUACCAUCAUAGACUGUAAAUGUGUGUGAAAAGA